CCCCCCACCAAGCCUUCCCUGGGAAUAGGGGCGCUUCCCGGGAACCGGGGCUGUCCCGCAGGGCAGGGAGGGAGCGGAAAGGCUGGCGUGGCCGGUGGUGCCAGGAGCACGCGUCACCAGGGAGGAUGGGGGCUCUGCGCCCUGGCACGGGUGGCACCUGGUAUCUCUGAGGUGGAGCAUCGGCAUCCGGCUUGGCACUGGGCAUCAGCCUGGGCUGGGGGCCAUGUCCUGAACUGGGAAGGGGGUCUUGUGCCCGCUGGGGCCCUCAUGCUUGCCUGGGGGGGCCCUGGGACCUGGCGGGGAGAAUAGUGGGAGGUACUGGGAUUUUGUGGGGCCCCGGGCCCCACCUGCGUAAGCAUUUCGGGGGGGCAUCACUGGUGUUUAUUUGAGUGUUGGGUGAGGCAGUGGCCGGCAGGUAAUGAUUAACCCCAGGCUGAGCCAGAGGAUGAGGCCCCCCAGGCCCUGAGCGAGGGACUGGGGGGCGGCUCUGUCCCCCCAAGCUCCCCACCAGGUCCUGGGGUCUGUGGUUCAGCCCACAGCACUGGGCAGAUGCUGGCCCCCACCCCUAUCCAAGGACCCCCAGCCGCUGCCCCUUCCCCAUGCCCCUGCCCAAGGUGGCAUCCACCCGCAGCACGAGGACGCUGCUGGCAAUGUCCCCCCGAGCCAGGGGACCGCGGGGGGACCCAGCCCCAGGGAAGGAUGCCGUGAGGGCCCCACAGCAAGGCGGCACCCCGGGGCCCAGUGUCAAGCGGGGCGGAGGGAGCCCCCCUCCCUGGGGCCGGUGGCGGGGUGGGGCCUCCCCACCUGCUCCAGGUGCUCUAUAAAGCUCCCGCCGCUGCUGAGCUGCCAGUUCCUGAUUCCCGGAUCGCAGAGCGUGCCGCUAGCUAACGGGAGAGCAGCUGCCGCAGAGCCCCGAGAGGCACCGGGACCCCCUGGGAUGAGCCCCAUGGCGUUCACUGCCCUCCUGCUGCUGCUGGUGCUGGGCGCAGGUAAAUGUAACAUGGGUGAGACCACCGCAGAGACAACCGUGACCGACACAACCACCACAGAGACAACCACCACAGACACCACCACCAUGGAGACAACCGCCGAGACAACUGCCACCCCCAUGAUCACCCCUCCCAACAUCACCAUCUUCAAAAACACAACGGGCGACAGUAACCAAACCUCCGCCCCCUCCCACCCCACGGUCUCCCUCACCACAGGCAACACCACAAACAUCCAGUCCAGCAACAGCUCCACAGACAACACCACAGCCAAGAGCACCGCGGUGCCCACCUUUAUCACCACUGUUGUCUCCCAUGUCAAUGCCACCACGAACGACAGCAGCUGGAUCACCCCCAUCAACACCAACACAACCAACAGCAGCUCUGCGGCUCCCACCCCCCCCACGGGUGCUGCCACGGGGAUCCCCAUCUCCAGCACCAGAGGCAACGGGAGCAGCAGCCCCCAGGUCAACCCCACGCAGAAAACCCCUGUCACCAGUCAGGGCAGCACAGCCCCCACGCAGACCCCCACGGUUGUGCUGGCCAGUAGCAGCGGUCCCAGCCCCAGCAGAGCCCCAGCCCUGCUUCCCACCGGGGUCCAGCUGCUCCGCCGUGUCCCGCUCUCUUUCCGCAUCAUCAACAGGAGCUUCAAUGAGAGCCUGCGUGACCCCACCUCGAAGGACUACAGGACCCUCAGCCACACUGUCUUGACCAUGUAUGAGCACGUCUUUGGCUGCGUGAGCUGCGUGGGCAGGCAGACCUACAAGGGAUGCAGCGAGCUCCAGUUCAGCCAAGGCUCAGUGGAGGUGCAGUCCGUCCUUGUCUUUGGGCAUGGCAACGACACCGUCACCAGUGCCGUCGCUGAGCAGCAGCUGAGGAAAAGCCUGGACCACAAUGGCUUCAUCAUGGACCUGCAGCUGACCAGCAUCCGGAGCACUGAGGAGGUGACAUCCCCGGCACCGGUGCCUGCGGUCCCAGACUGGGCCAUUGCUCUGCUGGUCCUGGUCUGCAUCCUGCUGCUGCUGAGCAUCCUCACCUGCUUCCUGAUGACCACCUGCACCUGCCGCCGGAAAAGCCGAGGGAAGCUGGACCUGCUCAGCACAAAGGACUCCUACCACCCCAUGGCUGAGUACCCGCCGUACCAGAGCCACGGCCGCUACGAGCCACCCAACAGCAAGCCCAACCCCUACAGCCAGGUGGCUGGCACCAAUGGCGCAGGGGUCGGCACCUUCACCUACACCAACCCCGCUGCCACCUCCGACAACCUCUGAGGGACGUGUUGGGACCUCCGGAGGGCAGCCACCGAGGGGAGGGGGCGGCUGCAGCCCCCCCCUGCUCCCAGGGGUGAGCAGCACUGGCCCCAGGCGUGUCCCCCGGUGCUGCUCGGCCCCUUGCCACAGGCAGCGGGAGCCGGAUGGUUCUGGAGCAGCUGGAUUCGUGCACAUGACAGAA